CAUGUCGGCAUGGGGGUACGAUAUAACGCUGAGAAGAAGAAAAUUGGGAUGUACUAUACGACGCCUCUGUACGAAUUUCGAAUGAAAUGCCAUUUGUGUGAUAAUUACUUUGUAAUAAGAACGGAUCCAAAGAAUUUCGACUAUGAAUUGGUUGAAGGAUGUACACGACAAGAAAAACGUUUUGAACCUUCUGAAAUUGAUCAAGUCGACACGGCUGAUAGCGCUUUCAGCCAUAAACUUGCUGCAGAUGCAAUGUUCAAAACUGAACAUCAAGAGGAUGAUAAAAGCAAAGCUACAAACGAUGAAUCUCGGAUGGAGAAGAUUGAAUGGGUUCAGGAGAGGCUUCGCGACGACUUCGCUGCGAAUCAAGCACUUCGAGCACAGUUCAGGGUAUGA